UCCAGUGUCUGUCAGGGGAUCCAGGCAGACACAUGCUGGCCUUCUCUCCGGACCCCGCUCAGAUGAUGCAGUGAAAAUGGCUGUUCUUCAGGUCAUCCUACUGAUAGGAUCGUUUGGCUGUGUCUACACUGCAAAAGAAGUGUGCACACAGGAAGCAGUGGCCGACAUUGUAUUCCUGGUGGACGGCUCCUGGAGUAUCGGGACAGACAACUUCCAGCAGGUCAAAGACUUCCUGCACACGCUGGUCAGCGGCUUCAGUGUGGGUCCCGAUCAGGUGCACAUCGGCCUAGCCCAGUACAGCAAUGACCCCAAGACAGAGUUCCUCCUGGACACCUACGAGGACAAAGAGGAGAUCCUCGACUACAUCAAAGCGCUACCUUACAAAGGCGGGGGAACCAUGACCGGCUUAGGGUUGGAUUUCAUUCUCAAGGAACAAUUCACAGAGGAAGCCGGGAGCCGAGCGAGACAGGGCGUGCCGCAGAUCGCUGUCGUCAUAACAGACGGCAGAUCGCAAGACGACGUGGAGCCCCACGCGGACGACCUGAGGCGCCGGGGAAUCGUACUCUACGCUAUCGGCAUCAAAGACGCGGACAUAGACGAGCUGAGGGAGAUCGGCAACGAGCCCCAUAACCAGCAUGUGUAUAACGUGUCGGACUUCAGCGCUCUGCAAGGCAUCUCUCAGAACAUCGUGAAGGUGCUGUGUACUACGGUGGAGGAGACCAGGCGCCAGAUAACUCAGGCAUCACUAGAGCUUGCUGACAUCUUCUUCCUGGUGGACAGUUCAACAGACUACCAGCACUUCAAAAUGAUCCGAUCAGUUCUGAUCUACAUGGCAAACCAGCUCAACGUGAAUAUUGACUAUAAUCGCAUGGGCUUGGCUCAGUUCGGCGGAGACGUCAAGGUCGAGUUUCUACUGAACGGCUACAACACCAAAGAGGAAGUACUCCACCACCUGAAGACUUUUCAACUGAGCCCCGACACCGGCGCCGGCGGCUCACGGAAGAUUGGAGCAGCAAUGGAUUACGCCCGCACCAAUUUUCUCACUCCAGAGGCUGGCGUGCGACUCUACCCGGGCUUCAGGCAGUACCUGGUCCUCAUGGUGUCAGGAGGGUCAGACGAUAGCGUGUACAGACAAUCACAGCUGCUCAGAGACCAGGGUGUCAACGUCAUCACGGUUGGAUACGGAGGUGCAGACCACAUGGAGCUGCAGAUCAUGGCCUACUACUCAUCCAUGUCCAUGAUCAUGGGGGAAAAUAUGGCGCACACAGCACACGAGCUGAAGACCAUAUUCGAAUCGAAGGAUGCCCACAGCGUUGAGGACGAGUGUGACUCAGCUACGGUCGCAGACAUAGUCUUCAUCUUGGACCAAACCAGCAGCACGGCGGUGGACAACCUGAACAUCAUGCGCAACUUCCUCUACAGGACCGUCGCUGGGUUUGACAUCAGCUCAAACAAGGUCAGAGUGGGUGUGGUGCUCUACAGCGACACGCCAAAAGCCGAGAUGUACUUGGACACUUAUGGGAAUAAACAGGACAUCCUCCACCACAUCAGGAGAUUUGCAUUCUCGGGGGGUGCAAUUACAAACACUGGGGAGGCCCUGCAGUUCGCUAAUGACUAUGUCUUCAGCACCAAAAGAGGCAGCAGGCACCGCUAUGGGGUGGAGCAGUUCGCUGUCGUCCUCACGGCCGCUAGUUCUGCGGAUGACGUCAGCUUGGCAGCUAUGGAGCUGCGUCAGUCCGGGGUGCGUGUUUUCGCGGUCGGGGUGGAAAACGCAGACGUCAGGGAACUUCACCGCAUUGCGUCCUAUCCGCCUCAGCGGUUUGUGUUCAUGGCGGAGGACUUUGCAAAGCUUAGCACGAUACACAGAAAUCUCAGGACAACCGUCUGCCAUGAAAUCAACAGAGCCCGCAAAGUCAUUCACAGAACAAGAUCCAACACGGCCACCAAAAUCAUUCACACAGCAAGAACAUUUCCCAUUGGACGUUCUGGAACAUCACAAUCCAAAACCCGCUUUAUGGAGUUUGAUAGAACCCAAACAAGUAUUCCAACACAAGGUUGCCAGCAAACAGAAGAGGCCGAUGUAUAUUUCUUGAUAGAUGAGUCCGGAAGUAUCAACAACAAGGAAUUUCUGCUCAUGAAAAAGUUCAUUCUGGAGUUCCUCCUGCUGCUGAACAUUGGGCCUAAGCAGGUCCGCGCAGGUCUGGUGAAAUUUUCCUCACAGCCGACACGCGAGGUGAACCUUGUGCAGAGCCAGGACGCAGCGUCUUUUGAGGCCGCAGUGGAGCGCGUCUACCAGGACGGUGGCGGCACCAACGUCGGGAAAGCGCUAUACGAAAUGCAGGCCUUGUUUCAAGAGGCGGUGGCAAGUCGACCCAAUCCUGAAAUCCCCAGGAUUUUGAUCCUGAUCAGUGACGGUAAAUCGGAGGAUCAGGUGGAGUUGCCUGCGAAGAUGUUGCGAGAGCAAGGAGUCGUCGUCUAUUCGAUAGGAGUCAAAGGAGCCAAUCAGGAGGAACUGAAUGUGAUCGCCGGUGAUCCUGACAGGACUUUCAUGGUCAACAAUUUCGACGCUCUGUUGCAAAUUAGGCACGACAUCGUCAGAAAAAUGUGUUCUAAGGACGUAUGCAGUGACAUGAGGGCAGAUGUUCUCUUGCUGGUCGAAAGCUCUUCCCUCAUCUCCACAUCACGCUUUGGGAAGAUCAAAACGUUCCUGGGAUCUCUUUUGGAUCAAUCCCUGAUUGGCCCAGACGCUCUACGUCUUGGUUUGGUGCAGUACGGCUCAAAACAGGAAGUAGAAUUCCACCUCAACUCCCAGUACAGGAAAGACGAGUUGCUCGAGCGUAUUGGGACUAUGCGCAACCUGGGCGGCCUGACAGAAACUGGCAAAGCCCUCCGAUAUGUCUCCCGGUUCUUUGACGUGUCGAAGGGUGGACGUACAGGCGUCCCACACAUCCUGGUCCUCUUGUCUGAAGGGAAGUCACAGGAUGACGUUGAAGAGGCCGCUAACUUGCUGAAACAGCAGGGGGUCAUCAUCUACGCGAUUGGCAUCGGCAGCACCAACAGUCAGCAGAUGUCAAGAAUCAGUGGCGGCAUGAACAACAAAUAUUAUUUCCUUAAAGAUUUCGAUGGGCUGCCGGCCCUAUCUGACACAGUCAUGUUCGACAUAUGUAAUUUGGAAGGAUGUCAAAUCGACAUGGCAGACAUCAUCUUCCUGGUUGAUGGUUCACAGGGGGUCACUAGUGAACAAUUUCACAGUGUAAAGCACCUUAUGUCUGGACUUGUGAACAUUUCGUCUGUUGGAGGGAACCAUGUACAGAUGGGGGCCAUCUUGUACGCCGCUGAAGCCCAAAUCCAGUUUGCCUUGAACAGGUACACCACCAGAAAGGAACUGAGGCAGGCCAUUUCACAGCUGAGGCCUUUAGGAGGAGACGCCUACACUGGCAGAGCACUGGGCUACUCACUGGAGUACUUCAGCGCGAGACAUGGCAGCCGAAAACAAGACCAGGUGCACAAGGUGCUCAUAGUCAUCACCAGCGAGGAGACAAGAGAUGUCGGCCAUUUGGCAGAAGUAUCUGCCAAGCUGCGCAAGAACCGAGUCAGUGUGUUUGGAGUUGGGGUAAAGGGCGGCAGGAAUACACAGCUCCCAAAUCAGCUGCUGACAAUGACCAACAAUCCCAGCAGAGUGUUCUACGCAGACGAUUAUAACGGCUUAGAGUCAUUAGACAGAAAAAUAUCCCAAGCGAUCUGUGAUGCCAAUCAAGCAGUCUGCAAGAUGGACCUGGUAAUCUUAGUGGACGGCUCAGAAAGCAUAGUUAGUUCUAACUUCUUGCUCAUGAAGAACUUCAUGACAGACAUCGUGAAGUCCUUCAAUAUUACUCCGGGAUUUCUUCAGGUGGGGGUCGGUCAGUUCAGCACCCACCAGCAAAAGGAGUUCUACCUUAACGAGCACACCAGCAGCACGGCCAUCAUCAAGGCCAUACACAACAUCAGGCAGCUUCGAGAGGGCACCAAAAUCGUUCCAGCGCUGAAGUUCAUCAAGGACUUCUUCAAGACGCAGCACGGCAGUCGAAGGGACGCGGGCGUCCGCCAAAUCCUCUUGUUGAUCACCGACGGGGAGACGGAUGAGGAUGUGGAGGCCGCUGCAGAUGACCUGAGAGACAGCAGAGUGGACGUGUUUGUGAUCGGGGUGGGCCGAGUGCAGACUGAUCAGCUGCUGAAGAUCGCAGGGAGUAAGGACAGGUUCCUGCCCAUCAACGCCUAUGAGGAGCUGAAAAGCAUGCUGGCUGUGCUGGUUGGCACCUUCUGCCCAGAGUCCGAUGACCCGGACCCAGUGCCACCGACCCCAAUCCCAACGCCAUUUACGGGAUGUAAUGUCAACAUUGCUAUCGGAUUUGAUUAUGCCUCAAGGCCAACUCUGACUGGAUCCACUGAGGCAUCGCUGUUACAUGAGCAACUGCUGAAGAUCAUCAACAAAAUCUCUAGUCUGGACCACAUCUGCUGCAUGCCUAACAACACGGUUAAACCAAAGAUCUUCUUCAGCCUGGCCAAUGAAGAGCGUCUGGUUCCUUAUGACGGGGCAGCUGUGGUCAAGAAAGUGUCAGACGGAGUGCUCCAGAGGAACACAGUCUUCAACACACACUUCGUACAGUCUUUCCAAGCUGGUUUGAGGCAUUCUACAGCCAGUGUGAAAGUUGCGAUCAUUAUCUCUGAUGGCCUUGAUGAAUCCGUGGAGAAACUAGAGGUGGAAUCAGAUCGCCUACGAAGGAGUGGUGUAAGUGCACUGUUGAUGGUGGCUUUCGAAAAAUCCCAAGAUGUGCACAAACUUCAGAUGGUGGAAUUUGGACGAAGCUUCGGCUACCAGAAGCCCUAUUUCUUGAGCAUGCACCACUUAGAAGAGGCGCUAAAGAAAGACAUAGAGAAAGCAACGCUGCGGGAGUGCUGUGGAGUGAUGUGCAUGUGCAGUGGAGAAGAGGGCAUGCGAGGAGCACGAGGAAAACCAGGAACAAAAGGCAUUCAAGGACCAAAGGGCUACGCGGGAUAUCCUGGAGAGGAGGGCAUUCAUGGCCAAAGAGGAGUGCCAGGUCAAACAGGGCCCCAGGGGAUGCAGGGUUGCCCUGGCGACAGGGGCUCAAAGGGUACACAUGGCUACAAUGGGGAAGCAGGAGAACUCGGAGAUGACGGCCUCAACGGAGUAGUUGGUGAACAGGGUGACACUGGCGUGGAUGGAGCCCCAGGAGACAGAGGGGAGCAUGGAAGACCUGGUCGUCAAGGCGUCAGAGGGGAGCCAGGCCUGAAGGGACGACCUGGAGUGAAAGGAGCCACUGGGGGCCCUGGGAAAGACAGCCUGGUUGCAGGCCAGAAAGGAGAGCCAGGCAGCAGAGGACAACAGGGAGAGGCGGGGCUGAAUGGUGAAUCAGGAACACCAGGAGAUCCUGGCCACACGGGUCUUCCAGGGAAAAGAGGCGCCCAUGGAACUAAGGGAUUGCCUGGAGCACCUGGAGACGUUGGCUCUCCGGGCAGCGCAGGGUUUCCAGGGACACCGGGGAGCCAAGGGCCCAUCGGUCAACCUGGACAAAUUGGCCUGCCUGGUGCUCCUGGACAGCAGGGUCCUCGUGGAAUACAGGGGGCCAAGGGUUCGAGAGGCAGCCUGGGCCACAGAGGCAAGAAGGGUCAGCCUGGAGAUUUGGGCCUGAAAGGGGACAUUGGAUCAAUAGGCCCCAGAGGACCACCAGGAGCAGUUGGAGAGUAUGGCUAUGGGUCUCCCGGUCCAAAGGGACGGAAGGGGGAGACGGGUUUUCCAGGUUACCAUGGGUUUCAGGGAGAGAAUGGGUCAAAGGGUCGAGCAGGAAGUCCAGGAGACAAAGGAGUCCGCGGCCGCGGGGGAAAUCCUGGCAACAAAGGACCACCAGGUGAGCCUGGAGCCCCAGGACAUGCUGGCCACAGGGGCCCGAGAGGAGCUCCAGGGCCUAAACUGAAGAGCGAAUGUGAACUGGUCAACUAUGUGCGGGACAACUGUGCCUGUUCUAUGGGCCAAGAGGAGUGUCCGGCGUACCCUACGGAGCUGGUCAUAGCGCUGGACAUGUCUCAGGACGUGACCCCUGAGGCGUUUCAAAACAUGCGUGCAGUCGCAAAGAACUUGCUGGAGGACGUGGCCAUCGCUGAAAGCAACUGCCCCAGGGGUGCGCGGGUGGCAGUCGUGUCCUUCAGCUCCAGCGUCAAGUAUCUCGUUCGUUUCUCUGAAUUUCGACAGAAGAAGCUCCUUCUCACUGAAGUCGACAACAUUGCCCUCGAGCGCACAUCCAAUGACCGCAAUACAGGUGCAGCCAUGCGCUACGUGGCCAGACACGUCUUCAAACGGACCAGGAAGGGUUUGAUGAUGAGGAAGGUGGCCAUCUUCAUCACCAACGGGGCGUCACAGGAUGUCAAGUCCAUCAACACCGGAAUCCUGGAGCUGAAGGCCAAUGACAUUCACACCGCUGUCGUCGGCUUCAGGAACGUCCCCAACAUCAUAAGUGCAAUCGAGGCUGAUGAAACCCGAAGCUUUCUGGUGAAACUGAUGAGAACUGAUCAAGACGUGAGGCCUCAGCUGAGUGACGUGAAGAGGUGUUUAAUAUGCUACGAUCCUUGUAAGACAGAGUCGAGCUGUUCCAACACGAACAAGACUCCCGCACCUGUUCAAGUGGACUUGGACCUGGCUGUAUUGAUGGACGGGUCACACACUGUCCAGGCAGGGCAGUACGCUGGUGCCAAGGAGCUUCUGGGUUCGCUGGUAGAGCAGAUCGCCGUGAGCGGCCAGCCGUCCAGGUCUGGUAAUCAGGCCAGGGUAGCCUUAUACCAAACCUCCAGCUCCUUUGCACCCACAGGAGGAGGACAAGUUCCUGUCCAACAGGAGUUUGAUUUCACGAGAUACCAGGACAGUAGUGCGAUGAAGAGUCACAUUUUCCAGAGCAUGCAGCAGCUCGGUGGGUCCUCGGGGUUGGGAUACGCACUGGAGUGGAUCAUCACCAGAGGUCUCCAGUCAGUUGCAAAGCCACGGCAGAACAAAAUGGUUCUGGUCGUCGUUGGUGGGGAAACAAGCUAUUGGGAUAGAGCACGGCUUGAAUAUGCCUCCAGGUUAGCAAGGUGUCAGGGCGUGGUGGUGUUCACGCUGACUGUAGGCGACCACUUCAACAGCACACAGGUGGAGGAACUUGCUAGCCUGCCAUUGGAGCAACAUCUGGUUCACCUGGGAGACGUGAAGCAAGCGGAGCAGGAUUAUGCCAAACGCUUCAUGCAGAUCUUCCUUCAAUUCGUCAAGAGGCAAGUCAACGCGUACCCUGCCUCGUCGGAGCAGUGGAUAUGUCGGGAGUUCCAGCAACAGAUAGAUGACGGUCUGACCAGUGUUCUGGAAGAGAGCAUCCCAUUACCAACCGCCCCCAGUUACAACCAACCACCCGACAUCCCAUUCCCUACCGCCCCCAGUUACAACCAACCAGCCGCCAUCCCAUUCCCUACCGCCCCCAGAUACAACCAACCAGCAGCCAUCCCAUUACCUACAGCACCCAGAUACAACCAACCAGCAGCGCCCCCAGUGCCAACCGCCCCCACAUACAACCAACCUGUAGCCACCCCCGCCGCCCCCGAUCAGACCGGAGACUCCCAAAUAGAGAUCUAUUACGGGACGGGACAGGAUGGUGAAUACUACUCUGGCCGUGGAGACACCAGCGAAUUUGACGUGAUCCAACUGACUGAGGAUGCUACAACACUGCAAGCGGUUGCCUGCACCUUGAAGCAUGACCCUGGCCGCUGCAGGGACUUUGUGGUGAAGUGGCGCUAUGACGCCACACAGAGGCGCUGUUACCCCUUCUGGUACGGAGGCUGCGGAGGCAACGGCAACCGCUUCGAUAGCCAGGAAGAGUGUCAGGCCCACUGUGUCUGGACACCGUAAACAACCUCCGAACAACAAGAGUACUUAACCCCGUAAUGACCUGAUUCUGUGCUGGUUGGAUCAAAACGGGGUUUCCUUUUUAGUUUUUUUCAGUAACAACAUCUAGCCACCUCAUUAGGUACAAUCAAAAUAACUAACUGGUCUAACCGCUAUGUGCUAUCACUUGGUGGUACUUUCCUUCAGCUUUUACUUUGACGUCGGAACACCAAGAGGACUUAAAGGGACACUGUGCAGGAAAUGGUCAGAAACGGUACUGCAACUAUGCUGCGCAUUGAAACUGGGCUGCCAAUUGCCAAAUUUGAUCUCUACAUGAAAGUGUUCUAAGUAAUAAACACAUAUUUUCUAGUAUGGUCCUGGUAGAGUCAUUUUUUGCAGCUAAAAAUGGCUAUUUUUGGAAAUUCAAAAUGGUGGACCAUGGAGAAGAUCCCCCUUUUCAUGUAUGAAAAGUGCAAUUUUCCCAGUCAUAAUAAAUACUUAGAAUUUGACGGUGGUGGUAAGUAUUCAUGAAAAAGGUAACAUUAGUGAAUGGGCAGCAUGAAUUCUGGAAAUAAACAACUAAAAAUCUCACACAGUGUCCCUUUAACUCCUUGACGUAGCAUCAUAAUGUAGCCUCGUAAUGCACACUGCUCCACCCGUGGAACACCACAAUAGUCCAUAGUGAAAACACUUUGACCACCACAGCACUAUACUACUACAACAUUACACAGCACUACACUACUACAACAUUACACACAGUCUUUAGUAAUACAUUACGACUUGGACAUGGACAUCCUGGUAGCAACAACUGUCUAACUGGGACAGGUCUUAACACAUUAAUCUGAACUCAAGCCUUUGCAGUAAA